GGACGUCGCGGCCAUGAAGUGCAUCAUGCUUACCGCGAGUUUCGGGAUCACAACAGAGUACCUGGAGGCUUUGCACGAGCGAAUGCUGAGGGAACACGUAUCCUUUGCCGGCGAAGCUGACGUGGCGCGCGCCCGUGCUGGUGGAACUGCGCUGCCAGCCGACUUGCGGAAGUACCUGUCAAAAGGCUGGUUCGUGUGGCGGUUGGACACCACUGUGCUCGACUUGAUGCAACCACUUGAAGAGCAGAUCGAGGCCACGCGGGACCAGCUCGAAUUAACGUUCGAGCGUAGAACCGCAGAGAGGGCCCGAGCAGCAGGCAUGAAGACCGAUGUGGUUGUGGUGGAUGGCAACGCCAAGAAUCGCAGGCUGACGCGCGCAGCGCCUCUGCGCCACUGUGCGACGUGCCCGCGCUUAGUUCGGCGGGUGUGCUACCCGGCCGUGGACUACGAGGUGGUGGGGCACGAGGCGCCCGAGGCGGGGGGCAUGGGUUUGGACGGCUUGUUGAAACUGUUGGUGCGUGAGCGCCGGGGCGAACUCAGGGAGCUGUGGGCGUCGGAAUCGGCCGUGGACCCGGGCAUCGUGAACGUCUACUUCCACGGUCUCGGGGAAGAUCACAGAGCGGCCAACGCGGGCCGGCGGGGGGCAAAGGCCAGGUUGAGACGGGCGGCGGCCAGCGAGGUGCGUCGUCAACUCGACGCCGCGGCCCCUGCGUGGGAUGCCCUCACGCCGGUGGAGCGGGAGCAGUUCCUUUCGGAGAUGUCGUGCGAGGCCGACCUGAAGGCCGUGGCGUGCAACACCCACAAGGAGGACGACUCGCAGCAG